CCUCUGUGUCAGGAUAUGAGCUUCAUUCUUUGGGUCUUAUCGUUUUUAACCAUGACAUUUGGUGUCCCUGCUGUCUCUGCAGGAGGAAUGCAGUGUGAGCUGUUGUUUGUAGUAUUACAUCUUUAAAGUGAUCAGUAUGACAACUAUGUGUUUUAUCACAUUAUUGCAGAAUAGGGAAAACAGUAAUGUGGCUUGUCAACAUUUUAAUCCCUUUGAUGCCAUAAACCUUUGUAUUAAAGUUUGUCAUCUUAAUUUGUGCUGCUUGUCAAGUACCUGCUAAAAUCUGUGGUAACAUCCAGGGCUGUACUAACUGCUCUCAGAGCUGUUCUGUAGUAAGACAGAGAUGGAGGCUAAACUCAGGAUUCCCUCAGUGGAGGCCAAACUGUGGCCAAGAGUUUAAGCUGUUUACAUUGAGAAUGAUGCCGUUAUUGUUAAUGAUAGGCAACUUUUUACUGUUUCUUCAGAGUCUCAUCUACACACAUAAACCUGCACCUGAUCUCCUUACAGAGGCCGGACAGCGUCAGAGAGAAUCUACUUUAAAUGAAUAUCCCUAUUCAAGUGCUUUGCCUUUAGCAGGAACCAUUAGAGAGACCCCAAGGGUUGCCGGGGAAAGGUUAGCGCUGUAUGUUUACGAAUACCUGCUGCAUGUAGGAGCGCAGAAGUCAGCACAGACCUUCUUGUCAGAGAUCCGAUGGGAGAAGAACAUCACACUAGGAGAACCUCCAGGGUUCCUCCAUUCAUGGUGGUGUGUGUUCUGGGACUUGUAUUGUGCAGCUCCAGAGAGAAGAGACACAUGUGAGCACUCCAGUGAGGCCAAGGCAUUCCAUGACUAUAGUGCUGCAGCAGCUCCCAGCCCUGUUCUUGGGAACCUUCCCCCAGGAGAUGGCAUGCCAGUAGGACCAGUCCCACCUGGAUUCUUCCAGCCGUUUAUGUCACCUCGAUACCCUGGAGGACCCAGACCACCUCUCAGGUUACCUAAUCAGGGACUUGGCAGUCAGCCUAUGUUACCCACAGGAAUGGAUCCAUCGAGACAACAAGGACAUCCAAAUAUGGGAGGACCGAUGCAGCGUAUGACUCCACCCAGAGGCAUGGUACCACUGGGGCCACAGAAUUAUGGAAGUGGAAUGAGACCCCCAUUAAAUGCCUUGGUUGGUCCUGGGAUGCCUGGAAUGAAUAUGGGACCUGCUGGUGGUAGACCUUGGCCAAAUCCUCCAAACUCAAAUUCGACACCCUACUCGUCUGCCUCUCCAGGGAGUUAUGUGGGACCGCCAGGAGGUGGGGGCCCACCUGGAACGCCAAUCAUGCCCAGUCCAGCAGAUUCUACCAACUCUGGCGACAACAUGUACACUCUGAUAAACACAGUUCCUCCAGGAGGAAAUCGACCAAAUUUCCCAAUGGGUGCAGGUGGAGAUGGACCACUAGGGGGCAUGGCUGGAAUGGAGCCACACCACAUGAACGGAUCAUUAGGGUCAGGUGACAUGGACAGUCUCCCAAAGAACUCUCCUGGAAACUUGAGUAUAAGUAACCAGCCGGGAACUCCUAGAGAGGAUGGAGAGAUGGGAGGAAACUUCCUCAACCCCUUUCAGAAUGAGAGUUAUUCUCCAAACAUGACAAUGAGUGUGUGAAGGUUUGAGGACAAUCUGGACUCAGUCACAAACUGGCAUUGAUCAGUGAAAAUCAGCAGAGGCAGAAUGAUGACAUCCUACAGACCAGGGACUUCUUCCCUCAGCUCUUGCCCUGUACAGACAUUUCACACACACCUGGUUCUUCAACUACCCCACCCCCCACAAACCCCUCACCUUCUUCUUUAUGUCUCCGUUCCACCUGCCCCUCUCCUCCUGGUCUGAGUGGUGGCUCUGCUACCACCAGUUCUGACUCUGCAACCAUGAGACUGUACAAAAUAAUCAAUUUUUUUUUUUAAAUCUGGAGAACUGUUUGUAUAUUUGAAAAUACCCAGUGGCAUUCCAGUCACAGACAAACAAGUGUGUAUGAUCAUCAUUCCCAGAAACAAAAGACUAGUGUCCUACCAACGCCUGGUUUUCAUACAGUCAUACUUCUUUUUUUUAUUGAAAAAGAAAAACACAUCUGAUCAACUGUUUCAUUUUUUUUUUGUCUUCACUGUUAAAGAAGAAGAAGAAGAGUCUUUUAGAUUCUACUGUUAUUUUUAAUAAUUAAAUCAGCCAGAAAUAUGAAAAGAAUGUUAGAUUAAAGGUGCCUUGUCUCUGAUAUAUUUAUGGCUUUUGAUGAGGAAAUUACGAUUUUGUUCAUAUUAAAUAUCACAAAGAUUUUUAGUUUGAGAAUUUAGUUAUUGAGAGUUAAUAAGCUGUCUUUGAAACUAGGGCUCUGUAGCUAAAGAACAACUAUCAUUGAAAUUAUUUAAAAAUAUAUGCAUAUAAAUUCUACAAAUCUACUUUGGAUUUGGUGGAGUACGGUCUUAUUUGCAUUGUGUUACUUGGGUAUUUGUGGUCAUUACAUACAUGGUUUGUGUUCUUUGUUUUUGGAUUUAUAUAUCAGGGACCACUUAAAUGUGACUAAAUCUAGGGCUGUUAUUGUUCAGAAAAAUGAACAUAAGGACAUUUGAGGAAUCCUAAUGCUAGAUAAUCUAUAAUACCAGGAGGUUGUGCAUACUUGCACUUUGAAAUCAGAUUACUUCACUGUCAUUAAUAUUCCAAACAUUUCAACAUUAAGUGAGAACAGGCUUUGAAAUCACAAUUGAGCUGUGUACAAUAAAAAAGUAAAUACUACACUAGCUUUUGAUUGAUACAUGAAACAGAAAACAGCACAACUGAAACAGCAGUCCCGUAGUUAUUGUCCAUGGACCAACUUUUGAUUUCAAAUACUAAAUAUGUUAAAUCCUGCCUUUCUGCGCCCGUUUGUGUAAAGCUGCAAUACAUAAUCACUUCCGUCAAUGUGCUUUUAAUUUGAAAGAAAGAUAACAGGAAGUUUUGGAAACCCGAACAGAGUAGCUGGUUUAAUAUGUUCUGACUUUUAAACACUGCAUUCAAUCAUUGACCUGACUAGUGUUCUCUUAGGAAAACUGCUCAAAGUUGCCUAGCCCCCCUGGAGAAUAAAUAUAUAAUUGCACCACGUGGUAGACACUCUACUCACCCCUGUAUUUGAAUGUUAACCAAUAACAAAGAUAUUUGAAUUCCUUAAUAGUCCAAUAAUCUGUUUUUAAAUAAAAAAACUAUUUGUAAAGUACACAAUAAUGGUGACCCUCAUAGCACCUAGACUAAAGCUCCAGUUACAUACUCAAUUAUGUAACUGUCAAUUAUCUACUCAACAUGUAGCUGUCAGUAAUGCAUCAGAGCAGGUCAACGUAGUAAGAUUAUCGUACCAGAGAUUCCAAACAGCCAUAUCUUGACAGAAAUUAUUGUUGACUCAUCAAAAAAAUAGUACACCUAGUGAUACACAUUUGGUGUAUACUAUAGUGACCUUUGUUUUGUUUUUUUUGUAGCAGAGAUACCAUACAAUCAUAACUAAUAUCAAAUUAUUUUUUUAUGCUUAGGGAAAGUUAUUUUGCAGAACAACAUUAUCUCUCGCUGUCCCUAAUAUCAACAAGUCUCACUUAAGGCUGGAAAAAGUCUACAGUUAAAUAUUUGGAUGAUAUUUAUUUUCAUCACCAAGAACUGGCAUUAACACACUGAGAGUGUGUAGAAUUUUUUACCUAGUGUAUGUCUAAAUGUUAUGGUAAAGGCUGUAUUAUAAAACAAGGCUCCUCUCAUGAUGUAGACCUCAAAUGUUAUUUUAAUUUAAAUUUUAGUUUUCAUGUGAAAGUGUGAUGUAACAAGAGACCUGGCACCUUGUAGAGUAAUUUUUCUGCCUUGUAUCUAAGGUCAUUUAUGAAGGUUUCCAGGACAUAACAAGAAGUGUAAAAAAGACAGAGAGAUUUGUAUUCAAUUGAAUUAUGUUCACGGGAAUGCAAGCUUUUUUCAGUCAAACCUUUGUCGUCGUCAUCCGGAUAAACUGUGAUCAGUGUGUAUGAAAGGAUGGUUGGUACCUCGAGCUCAAACAAGCUUGUUUUUAACUCAAACUUUUUUCACUGCCCAAAAUAUAACAUUACUAUAAUUAUGAUGUAUAAGUAAAGGUCAGUGUAACUCUAAAACGCUCCCCUUCUCCUUCCUCCUCCCUUACUGCAAGCGUGUACAGCUCACAGAUGUAGCUCAUCUGUCUUCUAUGUAUGUGUAUUUGAUAAUAUAAAUAUUAUUUAAAGAAAAAUCUGGAGAGAAUCAUUCCUACACAGACCCAUGGACUAAUGACACAACAACACAAGCUAACAGAUUUUUUUAUUAUUAUUAUUUAGUUUUUUGCUUUGAUUGAAGCCAUAAUUUGGAAUAUUGGAACAUGCAUUUGUAAAUGUAAGCAUGUCUUUCUGUUCAGUGGCAGUAUGUUAGAUCCCAUUAGUGACAUGUUCAUUUUUUCCUUUUUUGAAAUUCUUGAUUAUGUUUUUUUGUAAAUACAGAGAAGUAUUCCAUUGGUUUUGAAUAUGGUGGUAUAAAGCUUCUCUUCACUGCA